AUGAUGGUGGACCGGUUCCUGGUUUCCAUGGAGCGGGCACUCGACGACAUGCAGACGACGGCUUCCCAGGAGUGGAGGAGGGAGAAGCACGAGGCCAUCCUCGCGGCACUGACGGACCUCAGAUCCAAGUACAAGGAGCGGAUGCGGUUGAAGGCACCAAAAUUUGCUGCCUUCAUGAAGGAGCAGUUCAUGAUCCCUCCACACGUUCUCCUCCCGGAAGAUUCCAUCCAAGCUCAGCAGUAUUCUGCUGACGAGUAUGACGAUCUCGAGAGGCGAUGCAGAGACGCGACAAAGGAAAUCGAGGAGGUGAGUGGCCGUUUUGGCAUGGUGGACCGGUUCCUGGUUUCCAUGGAGCGGGCACUCGACGACAUGCAGACGACGGCUUCCCAGGAGUGGAGGAGGGAGAAGCACGAGGCCAUCCUCGCGGCACUGACGGACCUCAGAUCCAAGUACAAGGAGCGGAUGCGGUUGAAGGCACCAAAAUUUGCUGCCUUCAUGAAGGAGCAGUUCAUGAUCCCUCCACACGUUCUCCUCCCGGAAGAUUCCAUCCAAGCUCAGCAGUAUUCUGCUGACGAGUAUGACGAUCUCGAGAGGCGAUGCAGAGACGCGACAAAGGAAAUCGAGGAGAUGAGGAAAGAGGAGGAGGCGCUGGUCGCAGCAGAGAAGAGGUUGGACGACAUGAUUGCGGCGGAGAAGGAGGUCCUUCUCGACAUCACCCGACUGGAAACUCGACUCAAGUCCCUCUCGUCCACUGACGCGGAGAGGCUCCUGUCAAGGAUGGAUAACCUGACACAAUUGAUCCAGCGAGCACAGGAGGAGCUGUGUCCCGUCAUCGCGACUGUACCCGUCGCCAACAGUCGCCUCUGCCGAGCGGCAUCGCCCAUCGCCUCGGGUUGCCAGGCGAUCAACAGGAGCCUCAUCGGCGCGGCAUCGCCCCUCUCCUCAAAUCCUCCCCGCGAAAGACUCCUCGAAACGCUCCUGUCAAGGAUGGAUAACCUGACACAAUUGAUCCAGCGAGCACAGGAGGAGCUGUGUCCCGUCAUCGCGACCGUACCCGUCGCCAACGGUCGCCUCUGCCGAGCGGCAUCGCCCGUCGCCUCGGGUUGCCAGGUGAUCGACAGGAGCCUCAUCGGCGCGGCAUCGCCCCUCUCCUCGAAUCCUCCCCGCGAAAGACUCCUCGAAACGGUUGCGGCUCGUAUCCAUCCAGAUUCUCCUGCAGACUUUGCAGCCAAGAAGCUGAUGAGAGAUGAGCAGGAGAUGAUGUUCUCAGUACACAAGAAAAUAGGGGAGGAAAUGGACUUCGAGCGAAUGGUGAACGGGCUGAAGCGCUCCAGCUCGGCCCCCAUGAUCCACGAGGCCCAGGCUCCCCCGCACCACCCCCCGCCCCUCGUCCCCACGCUCCGCCAGGAACCGCGGUAUGCUUUUCGUCUGCUUUUCUGGAGUGGGGCACGGACACCAUGCCGGGUGAGCCAGCUGAAGCAGGAGGAGGGGAUGGAUGAGAGGGGGAAGGAGGCUGCUGGAGAGAAGCUCCUCCACAGUGCCCUUCGCAUGUCGCAGUCCUGGGAGGACCUCUCCUUGCUCCUGUCAAGGAUGGAUAACCUGACACAAUUGAUCCAGCGAGCACAGGAGGAGCUGUGUCCCGUCAUCGCGACCGUACCCGUCGCCAACGGUCGCCUCUGCCGAGCGGCAUCGCCCGUCGCCUCGGGUUGCCAGGUGAUCGACAGGAGCCUCAUCGGCGCGGCAUCGCCCCUCUCCUCAAAUCCUCCCCGCGAAAGACUCCUCGAAACGGUUGCUGCUGGAGGGGUUGGUUCACCCUGGAUCAAUCUUGGGCUGUCGUUGGCCCUGCACCUCCAUCAACUUGAGAAAUACUUUGCAGCCAAGAAGCUGAUGAGAGAUGAGCAGGAGAUGAUGUUCUCAGUACACAAGAAAAUAGGGGAGGAAAUGGACUUCGAGCGAAUGGUGAACGGGCUGAAGCGCUCCAGCUCGGCCCCCAUGAUCCACGAGGCCCAGGCUCCCCCGCACCACCCCCCGCCCCUCGUCCCCACGCUCCGCCAGGAACCGCGGUUCCUGCAAUCACGAGUACGUAGAUUCAGUGCGAGCUUCAGUCCGCUGUCUUCACCUGGGAGUGGGGCACGGACACCAUGCCGGGUGAGCCAGCUGAAGCAGGAGGAGGGGAUGGAUGAGAGGGGGAAGGAGGCUGCUGGAGAGAAGCUCCUCCACAGUGCCCUUCGCAUGUCGCAGUCCUGGGAGGACCUCUCCUUG